AUGAGGAUAUAUAAAGGAUAUUGGUAGAAAUAAUUUUCAGUGUUCCAAGAUCUCGUUAACCGUAACCUGUUUCAAAAUGUGGACAGCCUUGAUCGUGUUUUUUGUCUUUGGAUUGACCAGUGGAAUUGUUUCAGCUUCGGAACCUAAAAAUUUACCGUCGUAUUUAACUACUUGCAAGAAAGAUGCUCCCGAUUUUGACGCAUGCUGUUUAUCAUCGGCACGAGCAGGUUUACCAAAUCUAGUAAAUGGAGAUAAGAAAUAUAAUAUUCCAAAUUUCAAACCAUUGAAAGUUGAUAAAGUAGAAGUCAAUUCUGGAACGUUGAAACUCUUAAUCGAGGACAUGGAUCUAUGGGGAUUGGACCAGGCUGAUAUAAAACACCUUAAGAUCGACUUGAAAAACAAUAAAGUGAAAAUCGACUUCCACUGUCCUCAAAUUAAAAUCUUGGGAAAAUAUCAAAUGGAUGGAAAAAUAAACUUACUUGCUUUGAAAGGAAGCGGUGAUGUCAACAUAACUCUAGAACAACCUGAUAUAAGUUUCUCUAUUAACUUUAAAGUAGUGAAAAGAGGAGAUUAUGAUUACAUGCAAGUGCAAGAUGACAAUGAAGUGAACUUUAGUAUGCAAAAGUUACACAUUCACUUCGAUAAUUUAUUCAACGGAAACGAACAGCUCGCUAAAACGACAAACGAAUUUCUAAAUAAGGAGUGGAAAUCUGUUGUGGAAGACUUGAGUCCAACUGUUAAAACUACAAUCAAUACAAUUACAGUAUCUAUUAUCAACGGUUUCGCCACAAAAAUUCCUUAUCAAUUUUUGUUUCCUUGAUUGUUGUAUGAAUGUUGAAAUUGUUUAUUUUUAGUUUAAAUAAAAGCUAUAAGUUAAGUUUUC